AUGUCUACUAUGAAAUUAAGUAUGCAAGAUAAAAAGGAUUUAGACAAAUUUAUGAAAUUUUUGGCUUUUAAAACUGCCCAAAUAAUAGUGCAGUCAAGGUCUGUUCAUGAUCUUCCUGAAGUCUUAGCAGAAGCCAAAAAAGUACUGUGUGGUGAGGCAAUAAGUUCUUCGAUACCAUUGUGUAUCGAAAUAUCAUUAAGGACAGUAGAAGGCGACACGAUGGUCCUAGAAACAUGGAGUUUGGGUGUUUUACCUGAACAAAGUGAUCCUACUAUAAGAGUUACCUACACCGUUUAUAAUAGAAUGGGAAUUUUACUUAAAUCAUUACUUUCGAUAUCACGAGUUACGCCUGCUUAUAAAUUAAGUCGCAGACAAGGACCAGAUUCUUAUGUUAUUUGUUAUAGAAUUUAUAUGGGUGAACCGCAGCUUCAUACAUUAGGAGAUAAUUAUAAACACAUAAGAGUUGGUCAACUUUGUACUCCUGUCGGUACAAUUCAUUUAUCAGUAUCCUAUCGGACUAAAAUGACGAUAUCACCCACGCACACAAGCCGAGAUUCUAUAAUGCUUAAAAGUGAUCACUUUCACUCGGAUCUUAGUCCAAGACACGCUAGAUAUCAGCAGAGGUUUGAAGAAAUAUCAAAAUCAUUAAGUGAUACAAUUAAAGUGGGGGCCUUUGUUGUUAAUAAGCAAGUUGUUGUAAAUGAACAAGACUUAGUUAUACCGGAUGUACCGUUUAGUUCAUUAUUAACUCCUAGACAAACAUCACCACCUCUUGGUCUUAUACCUGACAACAUAUCGAAUCCUCCAACGUCAACGACUGCUACCGCAACAUCUGUUUCUGCUUUAACUACUGGUACGGCUGCUGGUUCGGUUACCACAAGUACUCCAUUGAGCAGUGUUGUUGGAGCUACUUUGGAUACCAACAACGGAAAUAAUGAUAAGUCAUCGACGAUUGACAAUGCUACAUUUAAGUGUAAUUCGAGAAAUGGAUCAAGACGGAGUAGCUGUUCCAUUACCAGCGCUAACGACGAUUUCAUUAUGGUAGACUUGAAAACUCCUUUUGCUGGCACUAAUACAAAUAGCGAUUUGGGUACUUUUUAUCGUGAAUGCCAGAGUGCACCGCAACUUCAAACAUUCUUGGAAGAAGAAAGAACAUUAGCUGAACAAGUCGGUGAUCUUACUAAGCAACUAGAGACAUUUGAAAUUAAUCAGCAAAAGUAUAAGGAUAUCCUUACAACAUUGUGUCAAACUGAUAAUAAUAAUCAAUCGACUGAAUUUUACUUAAAAAGUAUAAAAUAUAGUUUCUCAUAG